UCAGGCCUCGUCUUGAGGGUUGGCAUGAGCAGCCGCAUGCUUCUCAUCCUCUUCCUGCCGACACACACAGACAGACAGACAGAUAGACAGGCAAAUCACAUACAUACGCCCACACAUUCCGUCAUCUGCCUAUGCGUGAGUGUGUACGUCAGAGCGUGAGAAGUCUUCCGGCGUCUGUAUGGCGAUGUCGGCCUUGGUGCUGUCUCCCUUGUUGGCCUUCCGCUGGUCGCCCUUGGCCGCACUGCUGCUGUCGCUCUUGGUCGACCCCUGCUGCUGCUGGGGGCACGCUGACGCCUUGUCCUGAUCAGAUAGAUAGAUGAGCCACACCAACACGUUUCCUCACGUAUGGGCCAAUGCAUUCAUUGGUGUGGGUGGAUGGGUACGGAUACGAUGCGGUGCAUGGGCGUUUGUUUACCUACCUUGGCUGCUGGCAGUGUCUGAAGUGUUUCGAUCGUCUGCGUUUGCUUGUUGUCGGUCAGCUUGGCCUGCAAACCGUACGUAGGUAGAGAUGGAUGAGCAUCAAAUGGGUGCGGUGCAAACAGACGAGUGACUAUAGGGUCCGUGCCGCAUAUAUAUAAAUACCUUUCUGUCUCUAUUCUUGCUGCUGGGUUCUGAUGGCACGGAGGCGGCGCACUCAUCACAGAUCUUGAGAAAGGAUGCAAUGGCGUUCUGGCGGGCCUUGCCACGGCCGUAGCCAUGGAAGGCGUCACGAGACGCAGACGACUUGUGCAGAAUGAACGACUCCAGACCUGCAUGCCAUGCAUGGAUGGGCAUCAGAUACCACAUACAGACAGACAUGAGCAUGCCCCCCGCGCACGCCACGCCCACGAGCUGCUCACGUUUCAGUUCUUCCUUGGUCUUGGCACGGUCGCACCGCCAUCUGCAUUGCAUCAGCCAAGAGCAGCACGUGCAGACAGACAGACAAACUGUGUGCUCGUCUGUCGGUCGCAUGUUCAGCGCUGCGCCCACCUGAAGAGUGCCUGCGCUGCCUUCAGGCGCUCCGCAGUGGGCUGAGAGAGAGGUCAGGCAUGCAUGCAGGGUACGCAAGAGCAUUUAGAUUCUCCAAUCAAUGUGCCUGCCCCUUUUGUGUUGUGUUGUGGGUGGGUGGGAGGAGGAUAUUAAUUACCUGCUGGAGCAGGACGUGAAGCACUGAGAUGUUCUCCUGCACAGACAGCCACAGAAGGAAGGCCCAUUCAUUGAGUUGAGAGAGAGAGAGACAGACAGACCAGAUCAGCAACAUAACAUGCGUGAAGGAAUCGAUCGAUGGCAUGUAGCGUAAGGCGCGUACGCACCGCACCUGUUUGGUUUUGUAUUCGACCUUGCCGCCCAGUUCGCACAUUUUGAGGAGCACAGUGGCGAGCUUGUCGCCCUGGUGCUCCUUGCCUACACACGUGCACCAUGCAUACGCUCGUCAUAUACCCACUCAACGUGUAUGUGCACGGUGUGUGCAGUGCUCACCUGUGGCAGCGACCAUGAGAGGCGUGUAGCCGUUGUGCUCCAGGGGACUGUUGACGUUCGCACCCUUGCCCUGCAAAUGUGUUCACGCAAGUGCACCAACGUCAAUCAGCGCGUGGCCCACACGUACCGUAGCGAAUUCGAUCAUUUCGACGUCUCCCUCGGCCGCCAGUGCGUGCAGGGGCGUCUUGGACAAAUCCAGCUCGCUCAGCUGGCGAUCCGUCAGCGAACUGCAGUGCAUCGCAUCCACACGACGCGCGCACAUGCACGUUGUUUCGUGCGAUGGAUGUGGCGACAGACAUACAGACAGACAUACAGACAUACAGACAUACCUGAUGACGACUUUGCCGGUGGCCCCGUCCCCUCGGGAGAGAAUGGACGAACUGCAGAAGAUGGAUGCGCCAAGUGCACACAUACAAAUGCAGACAAUACUACCCAGCACACAAGGCAUCUGUCUGUCUGUCUUUCCGGUUCUUACAGCGCUUCUGAGGGCGACAGGCGCGUGAGCAGCAGGCGGAUCACCAACCUGUGACACACAAACGAAUGUGCCGCGUGUGUAGGCACCGGAUGGAUCGAUGGAUGGAUGGAUCGUCGUGCACGCACGCACGCACCCCAUGGCGUUGUUGGCCUGUGCGGCUUUCUCGAGCAGCUGUAUGCUGCUCUCGUCUGGGUUGGCUUGGAGCAACAGCAGAGUCAGCGGCUCGUUACCCUAAUUGGAGACACAAACAAACGGGUGGACCCACAAAUGUACUCGUCUGUCUGUCUGUCUGUCUCAUUUCUUUCGUCAGUGAGUGUACGUACCAUUUCUAUGGCUGCUUCCACCACACUGACGUUGGCCAUCGGACGACCCACACGCUUGCGCUGCACACACACGGACGGACGGACACAGAAGGUGGGCGGUAGUGACAGUGACGAGACGCCUUGGUGCAUACGAAAAUGUAUGUAUACCUUAAAAUACCAUCCGCUGUGAGCGGUGCAGUGCACGCGCAUCUUGUCCAACAUCCUGAACGAACAUAUUCAUUCAUCCACACGUAAGCAGACAGGCAAGUGCAUGUCGAUCGGUCGGUCUUUGCCCUUCUUUGUUGGUGUAUGCGGUGAGUGAAGUGGGUGUGUAUGUAAGUGCACGGACGGACCAUUCGACGACUUCUAGGUGUUCGCUGAGUACGGCUGCGACGAAUGGGUGGAUGCCCGGCCCCCCAGCCCCACUUUGACCCUUGGCCAACACGUCAAUCUCGCCCAUCGUCGUGUCUGCAUUCAUACACGCAUCGACGGACGGAUGGAAGGACGGACGGAUGGCUGUAAUACUCAUGUGCUCCCGUGUUUGUGGACCUACCUAGGUUGUCUUCCCACUCCUGUGAGUGCUCUUCGACGCACCUACAGUCAGUGAUUCAUGCAAGAAUACAGCUCUGUGGCGCAUUUCCGUACUCACCAGAAGAAUCGGUCGAACACGGCUCUGGCAGUGGUGCAGAGGGCGCUGUCCACCUCACUCCAAUCUGCACAAACAAACAUGCAUGCCAUAUAUCACAUCAGCAAGCAUGAUGGAUGGCGCCAACAGUGUACGUACACUGCUUUGUAGUGUAUAUGGAUGCAUGUGUGUGUCUGUGUGCAUGUGUACGUGUACCGCUGUCCGUCUCGUCCGCAGGCUCGUUGGUCAAGGCUGCAACGCACAGACACACCAACACACAAUCAGAGACAGACACACAUACACACACGGGCAGGCAAACGGUGGGUUGGUGGGUGGAGAUGGAUACAUGUAUGGCAUGCAUAUGUGUGUAGUGAGUGAGUGGAGUGGAGUGGAGUGGAAUCAAUCCAAUCAGUCGGGGAAAGACCCAUCACAUAAGGAUGCGAUGCAAGCAACUUAUCAGUGGUAGUGACAAGUUUGGGAACGUCUUAUAACCAAUCAUCAUCAUCACGGACCGACCUGCCGCGGGUGUACGUACUGUGUCUGUCAGUCCCCCCACCCACCGUAUCUGACGAUCUUGGGGGCGGUGCACACUGUCAGGGCCACAAUCAGCGGCGCGCGCGAAGGCGUGAACGUCCUGGACAAUGAAUAAUGCAUGGAGACACCACCAACCACACACAUCCAUGCGAAUGAGAGAGUCCCUGUCUGUCUGUCUGUCUGUCUGUGAGUGCAGUGUCUGUCUGUCGGUCAGAGUGCAUCCAUCCAUCCAUCCCUACCCGACGCACGCGACGCCCGUCUUCUCCCACACGACUGAGGGCACCCACGAGGACCGACCAGACCGGAAGAAUAUGGCGAACUUCCAACCUGCCGCACACACCACACCCAGCCGUACGUACGUACCAUCGAUGAUGGAUGCUUCCUGCCAUGAGUGAGUCCCGAAUGUGCGUGCGUGUUUGUACGCUCUUCCCUGCCCACCGUUGGCUUGUUUCUGGUAUCCCGGCCAGUCGCCUUCGCUCUCACUCGAGAAGGUGCUCGUGUCCAGCGGGUCCCUACAGCACACGCACAAGGGAGGAAAGACAAGUUAGUUUGGUCGGUGUGGAAUUCUCUCUCUGUGUAUGUACUUGGACUUGAUGAGUUCGAGCAUUCGUCUGUCGACGCGGGACAUCUUGGCCAUCGAACGCCUGCACACACACAGAUGGUAGUAAUUUGUUUCCGGGCGAAGGAGUUGACGAGUGCGUCAGGUGUAUGUCUUUGUUUACUUGACCCCGCCCAUCAGGCGCUGUGUGCGCUUCCUGCGGAGACGCUCCAAUCGCUGACCGACAGACAACACAGACAGACAGACAGACAGGGACAUAGAUACCAUCCAUCUCUGCCACCCGUGGUCUUGCAAGCCAAGCCGUUGUGGUGUGUACCUGUGCUUUCCGCGUGGCAUCGUCGACCAACAGAGGCGCCUGUGAUUGGACGUGACGCACCCACAACAAACACGUGCAUUUAGCAACCCCCAUAACACGGAUGUAUUGAUUUAGCUACCUGUCUGAGCAUCCAUUUCUCGUCCUCUGUGGUGACAAUCAGCUCCUCUUCCUCCUGGGCACCAUUGUUAUUGUUGCUGGCAGUGUUGGUGGCGCUGUUGGUCGCAGGCUGGGGAGCGAGGGCGUCCUGACAUUCCCAUGCAUCACAAGGGGCCAACAAACGAAUUCAUGUGCCAGUCAGGUAUGGGGUAUGGAUACGCAUGUGUGUGAGGGAGUGAUUGGGAGUGAAGCCACGCACCGCACCUGCUGGUCUUUCUGCUUGUUGUUGGCUGCCGAGGUGGGCUUGUCGUCCUUGUUGCUGCUCGAUGCCUGCGUGAGAUCAUUCAUAUACAUGGGUGACAUGAGGUGCAUGAGGUGCAUCCAUCCAGUGUCAGUCCAGUCACCUUGCCCAAGUCGUCCUUGUCAGGGGCGGCCGGUGGCAGUGCCUCGUUGACAGACGUGCUGCAGGACGGACGCACAGAUUGAAGGAAGCAGCCAAGCAACUUAUGUGUCAAUCAUGCGUCAUUCAUUGUCUGCCUCCGAUACUUAUUUACCUCUUUUGUGGCAUGUAUGGCAGCUGGCCCGUGUCAUGGGUCACCUUCCACUCACCCUAGCCAACACACACACACACACACGUGGCGUGGCACCGAUUGGUCGCUGUCUACAUAGUAAGUAUGUGUCUCCGCACGCACCUGGUGCCAUCUGGCGGUGACCUCUCGUCUGAACUCGUGCAUGUCGUCGAAUGAGGGCAGCAAAGGAGGCAGAGACGACGAGCGGACGUGAGAAGGCGGGGGCAACUGACGGACAAACAGACAGACAGAGAACACAUGACCCGAGCGCAUGGAUGUUCUGUGCUUGUGGGCAUAGCAAAGUGGCAUGUGUGUGGUGGUUCGGCAUCAAUCAGUACUGUACCUCCUCCCCGUCAGCGUCUGUGGCUCGUUUCGACCGAAACCGAUCCAACAUGGGUAUGUGGGCAAGGGUUGACAACACCUGCAGUGCACACACAGAGGGACGCACGGGCUUAGAGUGCUCACUUUGGUUGGUGUGGAUUGUAUUGUAUAGGAACGUACGUAGUGGUCGAUGAGGUGCGUCAUGUUGGCCAUGGAGAGGGGCAAGGCAACGGGCACGUUCAGAUCACCUGAUGAAUGGACGUGCGCACAUUUAUAUAUACAGUGUGCGCAUCCACGGGUACGUCUGUGUCUGGAGGGGUGUGUGUGGGUGUAUGUGUACCUUCUCCCACAUGAGAGCCUCUCGCGGGCACAGACGCCGAACGGAGCGCAGCACUGCACACACACACGCGCAGACGCACAUCCAUCCAUCCAUCCAUGCAUGCAGACGUACCCGUCUUCUCUGUCUGCGGGGACGACAAAGGUGGCCACUUCGAUGGAUGUCUCCUGCUGCUGCUGUUGCUGCUCUUGGACGUGCGAGCACGGCCGCUGGCCACUGCUGCUGCCACUGCCACUGCUGGGGACGGCGGCCUGCACUCACGAGUGCACGCAGAGGGACGACACCACAGCCAUUUCUGACACGGAGGAUUUUAUUAUUCCGCUUGUGUGGUGUAUGUAUGCACUUGCCUUGUGGUUAUUGUCUGCUUUCUUUUUGCCGUUGGUGUCAGAUUUCUUUUUGGCAUUGUCGUUGAGGAAGCCCUUGCGGAAACCAAACGCCUGUAUAGCAUGGGCAGACAGCACAGCCACAUCAGUCAGUACUGACUGACUCGUGUUCCGAUGGAUGGAUGUGCGCAUGGGUGUAUGGGUGUAUGGGUGUAUGGAUGCAUGGAUGCCUACGCUACCUACGCACGUGUGUCUCUGCAGGUGCACUUCGGGUAGACUCUGUGCGCGUGGCCGUGUGGGUGUCCGCGGCGGCGGCGGCAGCAGCAGCAGCGGAGCGGUCGACCGUCUUGCUCUUCUUGACCUCACCCUCCUUACGCUCGACAGCCUAUAUGUGUACGCAGCGCAGCAGGUGCGUAUCCUUGGGGUCUUAGGUUAGGUGGUGUGCUGACUGACGCGCGAGACCACCCAUAAAUACCUUGUCGUCAUGAGGGUGUUUGCUGCGUCGGUCCUUGUCGUCUUUGUUGUCCUUGUCCUGGUUGAUGGCCAUAGUGGUGGUGCCGCCCGUGGCCUCCUGCAUCUGCUUCUCCCACUCCAACUCCCAGUCCUGGUGCACCACGCGUAUUUAUUAUGCACACGUCAUGUUUUGCACAGGAGUAUCGUAUGUGUUGGUGUUGGUUUGACCUUUUCGCCUCUGCCGAUGCCGCCCAGCAGGUCGUCCGUGGCGUCAGUGGUGUCAGCCAACGGGGACAGAUCCAAAUCUGAACACACACAUCCACACGUCCAUCCAUUCAUCCAUCCGUCCAUCCAUCCAUUCGACGGCGUUUGGGUCCGUGAGCACGUGUCUGACCGUCCUGUGCGUCCAUGUCGUUUCCAUUGCCUGCAGAGUGGUCAUGUUGGUGUUCAAGAAGGUGUCUAUGAGUCUGCAGACUACACGUACCUGUCCUGGCGAGUGCGCGUUCCGACUGCUGUAUCUCGCGCAUCAGCCGCUUCCACAUCAAAAACACCUGUGCGUCACGUCACCACACGGCCACACAGGACAGGCAUGACGCGCCCAUUGAUGACGUAGGCAGGCAGAGGCAUACAUACGCCAGGUGGGGGGAUGUGGGUGUACGUACCUGCUUCAUUUUGCGCGUUUCGCCCUCCAUCCACUCGAGCAGUUUGACGACGAUCUCCUCGCUCAAAGCGGGGUCACCCUCGGGCACCUGCAUUAAAGAGGAUGGGAUGGGGACCGUGCAACGUACACGCAUCGGUCUGUCUGUAUGUGCAGGUAAUCAAUUGCAAUAUCCGAAGCCCACAUCGUCUUGGGUGUCAUCUUCGAUCGGGCCAUCCUCCUCCUACGCACAUACAUACACAUACAUACAAGUACAGAAGGAAAGGCCCCAUGGAUGGAUGCUUCACCACUUUCCCUACUCAUUCACUCACUGACCAGUUCGUCUCGGCACCGCUUGCGCCCCCUCUCACGAUUCGUGUCGUCCGUCUCAUCCUGAAUGGCACACACCAUGUGAGGCCACGUCACGUCACGUCACCGUGUGGGGCUUUUGAUGCGGAUGCAUCUCUGUCUGUCUGUCUGUCUGUCUGUUGGUACUUGCAAGAGUACGGGCGGCGGUGGCGGGACGAAGGGCAGGGGCGCCUGGGGGGACCCACGCUUCUUGCUGCACAGUUGAGAUGCACACAGACACACACAGACAGACACCCACACAUGGAUGGAUUAUGGAUAUUUCUGUCUGUCUAUCUGUCUGUCUGUCUGUCUGUCUGUCUGUCAUGCGUAGGGGCAUACCGCGUGUUGGUGCUGGUGUUGCUUGCGCUCGUGGUGGUGGUGGUCUUGUCGUCUUCCUUGGCGCCCUCCUUAUCCUUGCCCUCCUAAACACCGACACACCCACAGACACACAGACAGACAGACCAAUGGUCGCGAGGGCGUCUGCACACGCUCUGAAGGAUGCAUGUGCGCAUAUAUGGGUGGGCGGACGGAUAGAUGCCGUACCUCCUUCCUCCUCUCGUCAUCAUGGUGCUGCUUCUCCUGCACACGCGCAGCCAUGUGCACAGACAGCAAACGGGUGCACUCGUUGGCAGGCAUGGGCGCGCAGACAGUGUGCGUACCAUUCUGAGUCGUUCGUGCAGGUGCUUCAAGAGGUCAAAGGUCUGGGAGAAGUUGCUACGCAGAGGCUGCACGUGACCUGCGCACGUGCCAUAGAUAGAUAGACAGAUAGAUGCACACCCAUCCCACCCAUGCCCCCACACAGCCCCGUGUCACUUGUUGCUUGCUACCCAUGAGUUCUCGCAGGUCCCGUCGUGCGUUGAGUUUGACGCAGAGCUUGCGGGCGUUCUUAAUCAGACGCAUCAUGCUGUGCAGAUUCUGCACACACACAUACACACAUUCAGCAAUCACCAAACAGAUCAGUGGGGGGAGGGUUGAUGUCACGUCACCUGGUAUGUGAGACAGAGGCCGUCCAGCAGGCGCUGCCAACAGCCGGGCACCGAAUCCCUGUUCGUUCGAGUCAACACAGAAAUUGGCACACUUGCAGGUGAGGUUCAUUCUGUCCGUGUGGUGUGUACUGUACCUGGGUACGACUUCCCAGAGUGACGACUGCACCGCCCCGCCCUCGUCGUCGCCCACACUCGUGCUGAACCAAUCACACCAACACCAACACGCACACAGCAAUGAGCACUCGCGUGGGCACGCUGCACACAUACCGUCACGUGGGCACCUACCUGCUGGGCGUGUGCUUCUUUGGGGGGAUGUGCGUGUCGGGCACCAGAGGCCUGCCUCGCGCAGACACAGAAAGAGCCGACAGACGCCAAAGGACGUGUAUUGAUGGACAUGGAUGGCAAUUGACGUACGUACCGUUUGUUGCCGUUGGUAUUGGUGAUGUUGACAUUGCUGUCGGGUUUGUUGGCGCUGUCCCCGUGCCGCCGGGAGGCACCACGCAUGGGCGGAGGCGUCGUCGACAGGGAACCUAUGCGAUGCGACAGACACGUGUCAAAGAAUCACUCAGUCACGUGUGGGUUAGUGUCUCGUUGGUUGGGAGGGUGUACAGUACAGUGGGUAGGUGCGUCAGUCAGUGUCUCGCUCACCUGCCGCUGACGAUGAAGCCGAUGCUGAUGCAGCUGCGGGCUGCUCGGCUGUUCGCGCGAGCUCCUCAACCUACACGCCCAUCGAUGGCACAUGUAAAUCGCAACACACGUACGUAUGCGGUCCAUGUGUUAUAUGUGCGUAUGUGGGUGCGUGUGUGCGUAGCUAGCUACCUGUUUGUUGAGUCUGUCGAGCUCCCGUGCCGUCCACUCCUGCUGGUCGUCAUGCUGGGACAGGCAGUCCAGGAACGCUGCACACAGCAAACCAAACACACAUUUACGUGAAUGAAUGAAUGGUAUGGUAUGGGUGCCUUUUGUUGUUCGCUGUACCCUCGUCGUCAUGAUCGUCGGCAUGGUGCUGCUCCGCGACGGCAGGGGGGAAGGGAUCCAGAGCAAUCACUGCAGUGCACACCAUACACUCAGACGUACAAACAUGACUGUGAACCGAACGAGAGAGCGCGUGUGUCACGUGGGUCCGUCCGCACCGUCCUCUGUGAUGGCGUGUAUGCCCUUCUUGGGGACCAUUUGUGUGGCACUUGGGAUGGGCCCGAUGGAACCGCCGCUCUUCCAGUAGAUCACCCUGGUCAGUGGGUUGUCAGCGGGCACACAGAACAGAAGGAGCACCAACAUGGACAAAUGGUCUGUAGGGGGGUCACCUGAGGAAGUUGACGCUUUCGAUGGGGUCUCUCAGCUCGACGCUGCGGUUGAAGCCGUCAAUACUACAUCGCAUUACAGUGCAUUCCACACGGACGUACGCAUAUGCGACACACAUCGAUAGAUAAAGUAUAAAUGCAUGAGAUGAGUGCGCGGGCAUUUAUUCACUCACCCGGCGUCCACAUCAUAGCAGAACAUGGUGGUCAUGGCACUGACGAUAACCACACGGAUAGAUAGAUAACCCACACACGACACGAAAUGCAUGCCCGUGCACUUCGCCCUUGUCUGUCUGUCUGUCUGUCUGUCUGUCGAUUGCAUUCCUUUGCCCGCCCACUGACCUGGCCAUUCCGAGCAUUCCGUAGCUGAGAGUCAUUUUGAAAAGCGACGUGUGCAGCGACAGUGGCAGGUAGUAGUAGUACUGGCGCAGCCUCUGGCAGAUGGGCAGGUCGCUUGCAAACACCUCUCGGUGGUUAGACAGCACAGCAGACUGCACGCACACAUAGACAGAUAGAUAACCACACACACUGGAUGGUGAGAUGUCUGUCUCUCUGUUGGGAACCACACCCACCCACCAUGAAGACGAGAAAGACGUGUCUGCAGUUGAGGCCGCUCAUGUCGCGACGCACUCCAGUGAGGAAAUCAGUCAACAGACGCGAACCUAUAGCAUCAAUUAAGAGAGAGAUAUCACAUUUAUCAUCGCAUUUAUUUCUCAUUUCCACGGUGCCCUGUGGGGGUGAGGGUACCGUACCGAUCUUCAUGCUCUUCUCGCAUCGCUUGCGAUCCUUCUCCAGCUUGUCAGCUGCCUUGGCCAGCAGAGCUCGCACCUCUGCACACACAACACACACACAUACACAAAUACACACAAAUGGACACGUAGACGUGUAUGUAUCUCUAUGUAUGGGUCGAGAUGGCUUGCCUUUGGCCUGUGAGGUGUAUGCGGGCAUGAGUUCAUGGAUGUCGGGCGAGGGCGGAGACACAGAAGGCUGCACACAUGGACGGACAUUCGCAUGCACAACCAUAAACAAACGUGUUGUGUUGUGCGCCAACAGAAAGAUCGACACGUACGGAGGGAGAUACCUACAUACAUACCUACCUGCAUCUGUGCGGCCUCCUCAGCUGCCUGCUGUGCGGCCUCCUCGAGCAACGACUGCCACACACAGGUAUCGGUAAUGUACACCGAGAGGAAAGAGACGCCCACACUGAUCCCGUUGGUGCGGGUGCACUCCCAUUCCAAGCUCCCAUCCGCUGACCUCUUCCUGUUUUUUGUUUUUCUUUUUGCUGCGCUUCUUCUUCUUCCCGGCGGCGGUGCUGCUGGGGGCCGGCAGGGCGGCUUCUGGACGGACGGACGGAUGAAGGGACGCACAGACAGGUGGGUACCAAAAGGUGCAAAUAGGUGAACGGGUCGAUGUGCACAUGUACCGUUUGUUUCGUUUGCUGGCGUGCUGUUGUUGUCUUGCGGCGUGAUGGACUCGUCGUCGCUCUGCUCGCCCUGCAUCUGAACAAAGGUGAAUGUGGGGACACCAUUCUGUGGGAGUUGUCUGUGUAGGCCCCGCCCCGCCCCGCACAUAUGCUCGUGCGUGCGGGUACCUUACCUUUGCAAAUGCGGAUGGCGGAGUCAUUGGGGAGCGAUCCUGAACGCACAAAUGCAUGAGCUUUGAUGAGGUGCAAUGCAUUCACGGAGGGCAUGUGUGUAUGUGGGCGGGCAGGUAGGUAGGCAGGGACCCACCUGUCUGAGUGCGGCGGUCUUGAGGGGUCCCUUCUUGCCCUUGACCUCAGUCCACUCAUCCUCAGACUCCACGUGGUCGUUGCCGUCAUGGUCCUGGUCCUGGUCGUCAUCCCGGCUGCAGCACAGAGGCAACCACACGUGUGUGGAUUGGGGCAGGUACGGCAAGUUGUGUGGGCAUGUAUACGUACCUGGGUGAUCCAUCCAUCUCAUUCAGCACUGCGAAGGCGUUCUCGGUCGACCUCCCUCUGCUGGCGGUUUGUUCCUUUCUCUUGACAUUCUUUCUGCUCGGACGCUCCUCGACGCGCGCCUGCAGGGGGCACACAGGUCUGGUGCCUCCGUCGGAUGUAUGGUAUGGAGUGGAUGUCUCGUGUGCGCCUGUCUGUCCGUGGUACCGUAUCAGGCACGAUGGGAGACACCGCCGCAGACGCCAUCUGCACGGCAGACAGACAGAUGUUUAUAGGGAGGGAGGGAGGGAGGGGGGAAGACGUGUGCGUGUGGUCGUGUCCAGCCAGCCGCCCACCUUCUCUGCCUUCUUGUUGUCGUCUUUGUCUUUGUCUCUGUCCGUGUCCUUGUCUUUAUCCUUGUCUUUCUCCUUGUCUUUGUCUUUGUCCUUGUCCUUGUCUUUGUCUCUGUCUCGUCUGCUGCCCCGGUCCCUCUGCCCUUCCCUCCUGCGGCCACUCGGCUGCCGAGGAGUCUGUCAUACAUCCAUCCAUCGAUCCAUCCGUAGUGUAUGUAUGGCAACAGAACGGGUGAGUCAUUGCACUGCAGUACCUACUUACCUGUGUGUUGGUGUUGGUUUGUGGUGGUACUGGUGGGAGCGGGGGAGGCAGAGGGGGAGGAGGGGGCGGGGGCGGGGGAGGGGGCGCCUUUGGAACUGCACGCGGCGCACCACAACACAAGCACACGCGUACAGUGCCACGACAAAAGGAUGAUGGAUGGAUGGAUGGAUGGAAUCGAAUCGUGGACAAAACUUGUCCACACUCUGUGGGUGCGUGCAGUGUGGGCAGGUGGGUACAUACAGUACCUGCUGUCAAUGCGACAGGGGUGGACGCAGUGAGCAGACCCUCCGACCCUCUCGACCCCUGGGGCGACGGCAGAGUGGUCAGCGGCUCUGAUCGAUCGAUCGACCCACCCAUACAUAGCACACAUACAUAGAUGGGCGGGCGUCCUCACCAACCAACCAGUAAGAACGCUUUUCGUGUCUGUUGACAAACUACCUGGUGCAGCCGGUUUCCGUGGCUCCUUCUCAGGCUGGGGCCCCGCAGACGACGGUACUGCACCAACAAACGUACAAACAUCCAUUCAUCCAUCCAUCCAUCGGUGGAUGCAAGUAGAUGUGGCUGCAUUGGGGGUGGGGUGCCAUUGGGUACCGUACCGUCCUUGUCUUCUGUGACGCCCCACAGCGGCUGGUCAUCCUCGCGAGCAGGGGGAGGCCCUGCACACCAUGAAUGCAAUGCACGAAGGCCAUCUCGAUGGGCAUCUGGGCGUCCAUCUCUCUGUCUGUCUGUCUGUCUGUCUGCGCACCGCACCUAACGUACGUACCUGGUAGGGAUGGGAACUCUUCUGUAUCGUUGAGGGGCAUCACGCGAUUCCCUGCAAACACAACAUGCACGUGUGCCUGUUCUUAGUGAGGCUCGGACGGUGCGGCGCAUGUAGACCACGUUACGCAUGCACACGUACCAUGUCUGGCAGCACUGGCGGCACCCGGCGUCUGGGAACGACGCGCAUCUGCACUCAUUCACAUACACACACACACGUACAUACACAGUGUCAUGCCAUAGGGUGGGUGGGUGGGUGUAAUUGGGUUGUGGUCUCUUGUGGUAGGGUAGGGCGCAUGUGUACCUUUCCUGACCCUGCCGCCUCCACCAUGGCUCUCCAGAUGCAAUAUCACCUGCAGCAAUCAAAUCAAUACGUGCAGUGCAUGUCCAUCGCUGAUGACCCCGUCUGUCUAGUUAUGCACCUUUUUGGUGCUGCCUGAGGGUCUCUUUGGCUGGGUGUCCUCCGGUACGUCGCUUGCCGCCGGCAUGAUCGACGACGAAGCGCUCGACGGCUGCUGCCCGUACUGCACCGCAAAGCAACAAGACAAGACAAGACAAGACCAAGAAAUGAGUCAGGGGACCUCUACAUGAUUGAUCGGGUGUGUCUUGAGCCUCACCGAUUCCUCAACGUCAUGGUGCUGCAUUUCUUCGCUCCCAUGCUCACUGUUGGACACAUCGCUCUCGUCCAGCAGACCGGUGAUCCACGCAGGAGCUGUGAAAACAGCACAGUGGUAGGGUCUGUUGUCACAUAGUCACCUGCACACCUGCUUCGUCUCUGUCGUACUUCUCCACCAAAGGCGUCUCGCGGCGCAGGCGAAGGUACGCAUUGUAUUGGGCAACUGCAGGAGGCCAGGCAACACAUACCACCGCACCGCAUGUGUGUCGAAUGUGAAUGUCUGUCGCUGCGUGGGGUGGCUGCGUCUACGGCCCAGACACGUGAGGACGGACGGACGGUACCUUCCUGCAUGUCGGAGAUGAUUUCCUUGGAGCGCUCGCGCCAGUUGGGCCACUUCUCGGUCUGCAGCCAAGCAGCCCACAGACGUAUGUGUCAGUGAACACGUUGGAUGCGAUGAAACGAGCGUUCCCCCUUCUGUCUGUCUGCCUGUGAAUGCGGACCCAUGUCUUCCAACAGGCAAACCCGAACAUCUGCAGCCCCAGGCCGGAAACGCAUUUCAACGUGUCAUGUCACGUGUGUGUAAAUCGUGUGCCGUUCGUGUGCCGCCGACCUUGUCCGCGCCAUGGUAGCAAUUGCAGGCCUUGUACUGCUCGCCAGGCACAUUCGGAUGCCGCUGACACUGCGCCGUCUUGUAGAGCUGACAGACACACAGACACACAGACAGGCAGGCAGACAGACAGACAGACGGACCACACAGAUACGCACAUAUCAUCACACCAUCGCUCCCCCUCAGCCCGCAUCUAUACUCUCGUGGAGCGCAUCGCAUCUGUCUGUCUUACCAACGGGUGGUACAAAAUCUCAUUGGGCGUGUGCGCCAGCGGGCAGUGCGUGUCAAAGUGCGCCUCUGUGCACUGAUCAACACACGCCAGGCACGCGCACCAUCUGCCAUGAGCGAGACCAGGCCAGGUGAUCUGCGCAUCAGCGUACCUGGAAGGGCACGUAGAAGACCGUAUAGGGCGACCGAUCAGCUUGCAGCCCUGUGAACGGGUGAGCCUCGACGGGAGCUGAGAAGUUGUGGUCCAU